AUCGUGUUGUCAUAGAUCUCAACGGAUUUGAAGUUUUCUUUUUUUUCUAAUGCUUUCAAAGCUCGUUCCGGUACGCCGAUAUUGUGGUGUUGUCGAAAUCAACUAAAUUUUGUAGCUAAUUUUGUGUGUUUCGUUGUUGUUCGUUGUUUCAUGGAAGUGUUCUCGUAAAUUGUACGGAAUUCAAGCCGUCUAACAUUUCAUAUUGUUUGAACUCGCGCACACACAUUGACACACCUGUGCAAUGAAGGAAGAACGGGACGGGAAAGAAAAUUUUGGUUUCAAACCUUCACAAAAUAAUACACCAGGAAUGAAGCAAGAAUUCGAAGAUGAUGCGUGGAACAACCCGGCACGGAACAAUGUGGCCAAAGAGGAGGGGGAAAGCCACGAAGAACCAUCGGAAAACCCAAAAGCAGUAUUAAAUGAUUGUCUGCAGCGGUUCGCGAGUGUGGAUUAUAUUAUGGAGCCGGGAAUUUUUGGCCAGCUGAAGCGCUACUUUCAGGCUGGAGGAACGCCGGAACAUGUAAUCGAUCAGCUGUCUUCGAACUAUGCGGCGGUAGCACAAAUGGCGAACCUUCUUGCCGAGUGGCUUAUCAUGGCCGGUGUGCGCGUAACAGACGUACAGGCUAUGGUCGAGAACCAUCUGAAGGACAUGAUAUUGAAAACGUUUGAUCCUAAGAAGGCGGAUAAAAUCUUCACCGAGGAGGGUGAAACACCCGGUUGGUUGACGGAGAUGAUUGAGCAUCAUACUUGGCGCUCGUUGAUUUACCGUCUGGCAGAAGAAUAUCCCGAGUGUUUGAUGUUGAACUUUACCAUAAAGCUAAUUUCGGACGCCGGAUUCCAGAGUGAGAUAACCUCCAUCUCAACGGCCGCUCAGCAGAUAGAAGUAUUUUCACGUGUUCUAAAGACAGCCAUCGCCAAAUUUCUGAGCCAUCCAGAGGACUGGCAGAGCGCGAUCGACGAGGUGGCAAAGAUGGUAUGCCACGGACAACAUACGUAUUUAUACAGUCAGGUGCUGAUACAGGUUUUGUCGCAGGAACCAAAGGGUGGAUUCAUCAUGAAACGACUUUCACAAGAAAUUACCAAAUAUGCACUGAAAAACAAUCACAACGUAACGCCUAUUACGAUGGCUUUAAAUGGUUCCUCACGGCAUCCUCAAGCAUGUGAGGCGCUUACAUCAAUGUUGUCACGCAACACCCUCAACCCGGCUGAUAUAACCGUGCUGUACCGCAACUACACCUCUCCCGAGCCGCCUCCUAUCGAUUUGAUCCGCAAUCCACAGUUUCUUGACCUGCUCGUCGAUUCGUUGUUCAAGGUGGGCAUGAAGAUUAAUCAGGAGCACAAAUCGAAGUACAUCUAUCUGCUCGGAUACGCCGCAAGUGUGUGCGAAAUUCCAACGAAGAAAGGCCAACCGAAGGGACAUCGGGUUUUGAACAAGGACGAACUGAAAGCAACGAUUAUUGCAAUCGAGAAAGUGCACGCCAUAUGCAACGUGAGUCGUGGCUCGAGCGAGCUAAUUCCGGACAUCUCCACUCUGUACAGCUGCAUCCGGUUCCCGGUGGUGGGGGUGGGAGUGAUCCGUUGGGUGGAAAACACCGUUACCGAACCGUCCUACUUUAAACUGUGCACCGAAAGCUGUCCGCUUCAUCUCGCUUUGUUGGACGAAGUGGCCUGCGUACAUUCCUCGCUGCACGACCAAAUUCUGCGUCUGUUGGUGCGCUUGUUUGAGUCGAAGCAGGACGAACUGGAGAUUUUGGUGCAGCUGGAGCUGAAAAAGAUGUUGCUUGAUCGGAUGGUGAACCUGUUGGCGCGUGGAUGUGUCGUACCGGUGGUGAAGUACAUCAGCCAAUGUUGCAUGAAGGGUGAUACGGAUAUUUCGUUGAUUCGGUACUUUGUAACGGAGGUCCUCGAAACCGUAACGCACCCGUACUCGAGUGAGUUCGUUCAGCUGUUCCUUCCGAUGGUGGAAAACGAGGAAAUUACAGGAUCGAUGCGCGGCGAAGGUGAUAACGAUCCAGUUUCGGAGUUUAUAGUACACUGUAAGGCCCACUACACGACACUGUAGGAAGAGGAAACCAAUGGUUACAACGUAUGGUCAAGGUUACGAAACGAAUUAAAUUCGUAUCUCGAAGUGUCGCUGUAUUUUCAUAAUUCACGUGAUUGAAAUGAACGAGGUAAAAUAUUAGCAAAUUUUUGUCUCCCACGCGCAUCUUCUCUUCUCAUUUGGAUUUAAGAUAAUUUAUGCUAUGUAGUAUGAGAAAUAGUUAUAUAAAAUUUUGCUACAGAAUGUCUCGGUAAUUGUUCUGUAUGAGUAACUUCUUGCAAAGCUAGGAUCGGUAGUCUAAUUAAUGGUACAGCUAAGCACUUAGCUUAGUACACUAUAAUAAGAUGUCUUGUAUUCUAGCAAUUCCACGAAUUAGUUAAGUUACUGUAAAUUAUAGUUACAAAAUUCCAAUCCAAACGACAUAAAACUUGCAACAACAAAAAAACGACCGAAAAUGUUACAUGAACUAAAACUACGAAAAGAGGCACAAUUUGGUAUGAUUUAAAAUAUCAUAAACCGGGGAUAUGUUGGGAUUAAACCAUUGUACGGCAGUUGCGGGAUGGCUUUUACAGAUCUUAAGUACAAUAUGAACUAAAAAAAAUAAUUAAAACAUAAUACAAACGUAGCCAAAAAUAAGAAAACAAAUAAAGCACUUAGCAGUGCUAGUGUGUGUGUUGCCUUGAUUAAGAGAAACGGAAUGAGAGAAGACUACACUUAAUGCAUUACGCUAUUAACAAGUUCAACCAUAUGUUAGUGGUGUGAACUAUAACAAUGCAAAAAGCCUGAACUAAAUAUCUAACGUAUAACAUCAUGUAAAUAAACCUAACACUUGAGACAAAGCAGCGAUUGUGAGGUGGUUGAAGAA